AUGGAGCCUCAAGAUCUAACCAAAGUGGUGCUGCUGGCUUGUGGGUCUUUCAACCCCAUAACCAAUAUGCACCUGCGUAUGUUUGAAUUGGCACGGGAUUUCCUGGAGGAUACAGGACAGUACAUAGUUGUGAGGGGCAUCAUCUCUGCAGUGGGUGACGGCUAUAAGAAGAAGGGUCUGAUUGAGGCCUGUCACCGUGUAGAUAUGGCCAGGCUGGCCACAGACACCUCUGACUGGAUCAAGGUAGACGCAUGGGAGAGCCAGCAGCCUGAAUGGGUGGAGACAGCUAAAGUGAUACGCUCUUAUCCAGAGCGACUUACAGUUAGUGAGUGCAUACAUUUUCAUACUGGCCCCCCGUGGGAAACGAACCCACAACCCUGGCGUUGCAAGCGCCAUGCUCUACCAACUGAGCUACAGGGUACAACAGAAGACACAUUUCAGUCUCGUAUGGAUUAAUAAAGUAUUCUUCAUCUCUCCGUGAACCCUUUAGACGACGGCCCUCAGCUGAAGCUCCUGUGCGGCGCGGACGUCCUGGAGUCCUUCGGCGUUCCCAACCUGUGGAAGCACGAGGAUAUCGCAGAGAUCGUGGCCCGCUAUGGCCUGGUGUGCAUCACCCGCAACGGCUGUGACGCCCACAAGUUCAUCCACCAAUCGGAGGUGCUGUGGAAGCACCGCAAGAACAUCCACGUGGUCCGCGAGUGGGUGACCAACGAGAUCUCGGCCACGCACGUGUGCCGGGCCCUGCGCCGGGGCCAGACCGUCCGCUACUUACUGCCGGACCCGGUGGUGAGCUACAUCUGGGAGCACGGCCUGUACAGUGCCGAGAGUGAGCAGAAGAACGCUGACGUCAUCCUUGCCCCGCUUCAGAGACACACCGGCCCCUCCUCCAGCUGAGGUGGCCAGCCAUAUUGCCUGCUGCCAACUUGAAUGCCUUGAGACCA